AAAAAAUAAAUAAUCAAAAGCUUUUUCCAUGCAUUAGUUAAAAUUUGCACAAAAAAUGAACAAAUGGGCAGCAUUUCCAGGAUAAUUGAGCACACAUGCACAUACUUAAUAAUAAUCAUCAUAAUCAUCAAUAGUCAUAGUGAACAUGAAUUAUGAUUUUUUAAAAUUUUAAAAGUAUUGUAAUAAAUAAAUUCACUAAAAUAAAGGAUUGGAUCGUUUCCGUUGUGGUUAUAUCGACUGAAUCGAUGCUGACAAAUGUGUGCAUAUGGGAUUAUUUCAUUUGAAAACUGCAAAAACCACAGAAGUAAAAAAUGUCUAAAAACGAUGAUUGUAAAAAGGAUUCAGAGGCAUAAAAAAGCAUCCAAAAUACCCCGCUUCCAAAUGAAAUAUCCCAUCGAAGAUGACCGAUCUCAUCACAAGGUUUCUCUAGAAACCAACGAAAACUGUGUUUUUUUUCAGGUGAUAAUUAUCAGAAUCAGCUUCAUAAUAUUUCAAAGCAAACUUACAUUUCCGUUGAAAAUCCACAUUUAUGUGUAAGAACGUUGUGAAUAAAUACAAUAAAAUAACAUGACGAAAACGAGCAGAAGAACCUGUGAAAAUUACAAACGGCUGAAAAGGGAAAAUGUCCACAAAAAGCGCAGAAAAUGUUAAAAGAAGCACAUGGUUCCUUGUUAUGGCGAAGAUACAAUAUUUAUUCCGUGUCUCCUGGGAUGCUCUGCUCCGUCUAUUGUCCUCCCUUUUCCUCAGUGCUGAUGCUUAAUUUUCAAAACUUCUAUAUUACCAAGGGACCUACGACAUCAGCCGAGAAAUACCCUGCAAGUACAAAAUCCGUGCGCCAGCCCCGUCCGUGCAGAGGGGAGACGCUCGCGUUCCGCCAGCUUUCCACCGUCACCGAGAGCGCGCAAACAGGGGGUGGGGGGACUUUUCCACUUCUCUCGCUUUUUUGAGGAUUUUAAGGCAUUUUUAUUAUUGUUGUUCGGCCGGGCCACACAGCGGAAGGAAAGGAAGAAGAAGAAGAAGAAAAAAAAAAAGAAGCAAAGGGGCUACUUUGGAGAAAAGCACCAUGUCAACGACCUUCCCCGGACUUGUCCACGACGCAGAGAUACGUCACGACGGAUCAAACAGCUACCGGCUCAUGCAGCUCGGCUGCCUGGAGUCCGUGGCCAACUCCUCGGUCGCGUACUCCUCCUCCUCCCCGCUCACCUACCCGGCGUCGGCGGGCACGGAGUUCGCCUCGCCCUACUUCUCGGCCAACCACCAGUACACGCCCCUCCACCACCAGUCCUUCCACUACGAGUUCCAGCACUCCCACCCGGCCGUGACGCCGGAGGCCUACGGGCUGAACUCGCUGCACUCGGGCCAGUACUACCAGCAGAUCCACCACGGGGAGCCCGCCGACUUCAUCAACCUGCACAAUGCCCGCUCGGCCCUCAAGUCGUCCUGCCUGGACGAGCAGCAGCGGCGCGAGCUGGGCUGCCUGGACGCCUACCGGCGCCAUGACCUGUCGCUGAUGACGUCACACGGCUCCCAGGCCUACGGCGUCGGCAUGCACCACCCGGACCAGAGGUUGCUGCCCGCCGCUGGCCUGGGUCUCCCUUCGUCCGGGUCUGACGACCUGCAGGGCUCUGUGGAAGCGCAGUGUGGGCUCGUGCUGAACGGCCAAGGGGGCGUCAUCCGGAGAGGCGGGACAUGUGUGGUGAAUCCCACGGACCUGUUCUGCUCGGUACCGGGCCGACUGUCGCUGCUUAGCUCCACCUCCAAGUACAAAGUCACCAUCGCCGAGGUGAAAAGAAGACUGUCCCCACCAGAGUGCCUCAACGCCUCCCUACUGGGCGGCAUACUGCGCAGAGCGAAGUCUAAGAACGGAGGCCGGUGUCUUCGGGAGAAAUUGGACCGUUUAGGCCUUAACCUGCCUGCAGGACGCAGGAAAGCUGCCAACGUCACGCUACUCACCUCCCUGGUGGAAGGUGAAGCGCUCCACCUGGCGAGGGACUUUGGCUACACCUGCGAGACAGAGUUCCCCAGCAAGGCAGUAGGGGAACAUUUGGCGAGGCAGCACAGUGAGCCGAAAGAAACCAGCGCACGCAAGAAAAUGGUCCUGGCGACAAAGCAAAUCUGUAAGGAGUUCCAGGACUUACUGAGCCAAGACCGCUCUCCUCUGGGCUCCUCCAGACCGACCCCCAUCCUGGACCUGGACAUCCAGAGACACCUCACACACUUCAGCCUGAUCACCCACGGAUUCGGCACGCCGGCGGUAUGCGCGGCUCUCAGCACCUUCCAGACGGUCCUGAGCGAGAUGCUCAACUACCUGGACAAAAACUCGAGCGGGAAAACGGGCGCCCCCAACGAGCAACAGAUCAACAGCAGCUCAGAAAAGACGCAGCUCCGGAAAACGGCCGAGUCCCAGAGCAAAGACGGGAAAUCAGAAAAGACUGAGUAGCCCACACCCACCGGGUCCCCGUGCCUUGGAGCGCUGCAUCUAGGAGAGUGUGUGUGUGUGUGUGUGUGUGUCUCAGAAAGGACCCCGCCUCCUCUCACGCAUUAAUCUUCUUUGGGACAAUUCAUAUUUAUUGUUAUUUAUUUAUCUUAUGUUGAAAUGUAACUCUAACCUGAAACGUCCCAAACAAGACGUCCUGACCUUUUGAGUGAACACAUCAUGUUUAGGUGUGUGUGUGUGUGUGUGUGUGUGUGCGUGUGUGUGUGUGUGUGUGUGUGAGUCAUGACAGGGAGAAGCCUCGCAACGGGAUGGCCGUGACUCAUCGGAGGGGGGGUGGGGGGUCUUUCAUUUUGUUUAUUUAUUCAUUCUGAAACGAGGAAGUAAACAUGGACAUGCUGACAUGACAGUUUUCCAGGACAGCCGCCGAUGCAACAGAACACACGUGACACACGCGUUUCAAGGGCUUUGGACAAUUUGAUCUCAAAUCCAGCUAAUCCAGGUAUACAAACUAAAAUAUGAAACACCUUUUCACUGCUCUCAAGCUUCAUUGAAGUUAUUUAGCAUGAAGUUAUUAAGAGUAUUGUCUGUCAUUGCCACGCAGAGUUGUAAUAAAAAGCCCCAGUUGACCAAAUGAAAAGGAUCUCACUCUCCAAACGUCUUUAAAUAGAUCGAAUUUCAAAAGACGACCCCGACCGAAGCCCUUUUACACGCGCACAGACAAACAAACACACACACACACCUGUUCCUGUGAGAGAUCCCACAAGCAGACGUCUCCUAAAAAAAGACCACCAUUCAAUCAGGGCCGUAGCAACCUGUAUGUUUUACCAUGUGGUCAAAAGAGGAGAAAGACCCUGUUUCUGGAUGUGAGACUGACCGCGCUGCCUGGGCCGGGCUGUGUGUGUGAGUGUGUGUGUGUGACUGUCUCAGUGUUAGAGAGAGAGAGAGAGAGAGAGAAGGGUCCACCUCAGCCAUUUUGUAAAAGGUGACUUUGCGGUUGCCGUUGUUCCUCAUCCCCGUGCAUGUCUAUCUUCGUACUCUCCCCGGAUUGACACAAGCUCUCUGAGUGGCCCGUGAACAUUUGUAAAGAUAUAUAUAAAUAUUUAAAUUACUUUUCUUGUAGGCUUUCAACUAUAUACAUGUUAAAUGCCUACCUUCUAAAAUGCUGGUGUUCAAUAAAGACAGUUGCUACGUGUUCUACUA